AUGAAAAUUAAAGAUUUUAAUAUAUUCUAAAAUAUAAAACAUUUAAGAAAAAAAGUAUUAUUGUCAUCAGCUAUUCAAAAUGGUAAAUCAAUAUAGGAUUUUGUAAGUAUUGAUCCAGCAACAUUAAUUAAAAUAGGAUUAAGUUAGAAUUCACUUGAAUUGUAUAAUAGUCUAAGAGAUCGAUUAAAUUUUUGUAAAUAUGAAAAGAUUACUGAUUAAAGAAAUUUUAUGAUAUAUGUUUAUACAUCUCAUAUUAAUCAAUUUACAGAUAGACAAUCAUAUGAUCAUGUUAUAGUUAAUCAAUUUAAUGAGAAUGUAAUAAAUAGUCAUAUGAUAUGGUUAUCAUAUCAUUUAUAAUAAUGGAAUAGAAGGAUUACAUGCAAUUUAAUAAAAUCAUCUCUAAAUUAUAAGAACUCUUCUCUUCAAAAAAUACAUAAUCAAAUAAAUUUCAUCUCAUUGUUAUAAAAAUUGAAUCAUAAUGAUUCUGAUUUAUCAAAAUAUAAUAAAUAAGUUGAAUACUUAAAAAUAUAUGAUUUACAAGAUAGUUAUUGA